UCCAAAGUCACAUUCAUCUCCUGGUAUAAACGGAUGCUAGACUGCAUUUUAAAUAAAACUGGUUAUUUUGUGUAUGACAGUGUCUCUAAUGAGAAAGAAAGAUGUUGACUCUGAUUUGGAUUCUCCUGACCACAAACAUUUUGUUGGUCUCUGGGACAAGUUUAGUUCAUGUUUCCUGUGACGACAAGACUGUGGAGAAGUUGUCCCGACUGGCCGUCACAUACAUAAACGAGGACAGACAAACAGGUUACAAAUUUGCCCUUAAUAGAAUCACAAACGUCCAGGAGCAUCAACAGGGGCCAGCUGGAAAGGUCUAUUAUCUUGAUUUAGAUGUCCUUGAGACUAAGUGCCAUGUUCUCAGUCCCAAAUCAUGGAAGAAAUGUGCCAUUAGACCUUUCAUGGAAACACAAAUCUCUGGAAACUGUAACACCACAGUGCUGCACACACCAGAGGGCUUCUCUUACCUCUACAGCUAUGACUGCACACUUGUACCAGACCCUCCAGAGAAGUUACGCUUGACGUGUCCGGACUGUCCUCUGCUGUUGCCAGUGGACAGUAAUGAAGCCAUCACUGCAGCUCGGACGUCCCUCCUUAAAUACAACAGACAGAGCACGUUCCCUGUUAGCCUAGCUGUGAACACCAUCACCAGAGCCUCUCACCAGAGCUCCCCUGUUCCCGGGAAUUUUGUGGAGUACACUGUUCAGGAAUGCUCAGUCGCUCCAUUCCCUGAGGUUCUGUGUGAGCCAGGACAUGAAGGUAAAGAGCCUGUGGGGUUUUGUGCCGGGGAGGUGUUUGGCCAUGGCCAGCAAGAUGUGAAGGUGUCCUGUGAAAUAUUUCGCCCACAGGCACAUGUUGUCACUCCGACACAGCAAGAGGACAAGUUUUCCAAAACUACUACCUACAACACUCAUAUUCCUCAUGGCCAUAAGCCCACAUUCCCAGAUGCUGGAGCAGUAACACCUCACCUAGUCGACCCUGUUUAUCAGAUCAUCCCUGCAGGACCUGGCUCACUCCCAGCUUCAGACUCUACAAUUCCCACCUCUUCUAGUGAAUCCACUGAAUCUGCUGAGUCCAACUCAUCUGAGGAAGUAGGCAGCUCUGUUCGUGCCGUCAAACCUCCACUGAACUUCCGUUAUGUGCCACGCCAUCAGAGAAGGCAGAUACCCACAAGCACCGCACCUCCACAUUCACCUGUGUUUCUGAGCAUCUUUCCCAGCGUCCCAUCUCCAUUCCGCUCCUGUCCAGGGGUUUCUCGCUACACCACCAUCUAGAGAGGGUUCAGUCACAACAUUUGCAAUUAAGAUCAAUGAAAUACCUUGGGAUGUGUAAUAUAUACAGAGCUAAUUCAGAUCAAAUGUGAUGCUUAACAGUUCUUUUAUAAAGCCUUGUCGAAACCAGCAAAGAAAUAUUUAAUUCUAUUUCCUUUUAAACUCUUUACAAAUCUUUAAACCUCUGAUAAUGUUGCACAUUAAUGCUACGAUAAUGCUAAUAGCAAUUAUGCAAAAAAAACAAAACAAAACAUGGGUUAUAUUAAUGAGAAAUGGUUAUGUUUAUGUACCCAAUGAUACUGAACUCAGUUAUAUUUGAGGACCUUUCAAAUAAACCAUUAAUAUAA